AUGGAGUUCGGCGCUGGAAAUCACGGCAGUGCAGAUAUGAAGAUACUCUGCGGUCGCAAGGGAGCUGCGGACAUGAGUGUAGACCUGAGCAACCCAGGAGGAGACGCCAAUGGGAGUUUCUAUCCGCUGUCGGGGAGCGAGUGUGAGGACUCCCUCGAAAUCAAACGGAAGUCGCCAUCGGGGGAAUCGACGACGCUCACGAGUCAGACGGGUCUGGCUCCUUCUCCCAUUUCGAACAGCACCAACCCCAGGCAGCAGCAGGAGCUAUGCCUGGUCUGCGGCGACAGAGCGUCGGGUUACCACUACAAUGCGCUGACCUGCGAGGGAUGUAAAGGAUUCUUCCGUCGUUCAAUCACAAAGAACGCCGUCUACACGUGCAAAUAUGGAAACGUUUGUGAAAUUGAUAUGUAUAUGAGACGCAAAUGCCAAGAAUGCAGGUUGAAAAAGUGCCUCAUGGUCGGUAUGCGAUCGGAGUGCGUCGUGCCCGAGUACCAAUGCGCAAUGAAGCGCGAGAGCAAAAAGCAAACUCCCCAACAUACGCACAAAGCUGGGGAAACCAACGGAAUCGUUGCAAUCGGACCUGCGAACGCUUCUCGGAUCCAGCCGAUGGUUGUCGAAGAGAUUGCCGACGAAAAGCCCAACAUCAUGGCGCUGAAUAUGGCCGUGCGUCAGGUGAAGCCACUCACAGAGGACCAAGAACAGUUGAUCAACAGGCUCGUGUACUACCAGCAAGAAUUCGAGAGUCCGGCGGAAUCCGACCUCCGUCAAAUCACUCAAUUCCCGCUCGGCGAUUCCGAGGAAGAUAAUGAACUCCGGUUUCAGCACUUUACGGGGAUAACCAUCCUCACGGUUCAACUAAUAGUCGAGUUCAGCAAACGGGUUCCCGGUUUCGAUUCAUUACUUCGGGAAGAUCAAAUCACCUUGUUGAAGGCUUGUUCAAGUGAGAUCAUGAUGCUGAGGAGCGCCAGGAAAUACGACGUUAAAACGGACUCGAUCGUAUUCGCCAAUAACCAGCCGUACACGAGAGAAAACUACAAGAGCGCCUCUGUGGGGGAUUCAGCUGAUGCCAUCUUUCGUUUCUGUCGGCAUAUGUGCAACCUCCGGGUCGAUAACGCUGAAUAUGCCCUGUUGACAGCUAUCGUGAUUUUUUCCGAACGACCAUCGUUGUUGGAACCGGAGAAAGUGGAGAAGAUCCAGGAGUUCUACAUCGACACAUUAAGAACCUACUCGGAAAACCAUCGGCCCCCUGGCAGAACGUAUUUCGCCCGUCUCCUUUACAUUCUGACGAAGCUCCGCACGUUGGGAGCAAUCAACGCCGAGAUGUGUUUCCAGUUGAAAGUGCAGAACAAGAAGUUGCCGCCAUUCUUGGCCGAAAUCUGGGACAUCCAGGAUAUCGACAAUCAAUCUACGGCCAACAUCAUUCAGACAAGGACAGGAAGAUUAUCUGACGUGCGUUUACGAAUCGUGAUGAGAACUCCGGUCACCGAAGUUUCCGUCGAUACGAUAGCUGCCAUCGCUACAUUCGGAGCGGCAGCCUUAGAUGCAAUCGACGAGAAGAACAACAACGACAAGAACAAUAUGAUCGCAACGCCCAGAGUGCCGGAGCUCGCUUGA